CUACCAUUUUGCAAACAGGGUAAGAUCAGGUGCUUUUUAUGUAAUCUACCUUAAUUCAGUUGUGGAUCAUAUAUUUUUUAUAGAAACUGAAUUUACAAUGUAUAUUCCUCUGGGCGAUGUGUUACAUUACUCUGAUGUACCACAUGUAUGAAUAAGAUUUUCCCUGGAGUGAUUGGGAGUGGUUUUCAUCACGAGGCUGGUUUAAUUGUCUCUACCGAUGGUCAUUUAAAGUAAUCUUAUCGUUUACUUCCGGCUUCUUUGUCACCAGACCGUGUCGAAACCUUGGUUCACUUGAUUUAAUAGAUAAUAGUUUUACUUACAUUAAUAAGAAAACAACAAUAGAAACAAAAAUCUAGAUAUUUUUCACAAUCAGGAAACAUUUGCUGGGUGUACCCAGAUUACUGUACCCGAGUUUUUCUCAGGUGCAGAAUUUUGAUAAUAAAUAACUUUGACGCACUUGUUUUGAACAGGAUAUUGUAGGUGGAGUUAUUACAAGCGUGAAGAAUUAAAAAAAAAAGAGUUAAAAAAAAAAGUCUGUGUGAAAAUUAAAAUACCUGUAUUCGCUAGAAAUAUCUUUGUACCUGUUUCAAUUUAAACCCGAACCUGCGAGACUGUAUAACCGGAAUUAGUUCAGUAAGUGAUUGUUCCCCAUCGCACAGUCCAGUGCAUACCUUCUACACGGAAUACAUCAUGAAGAAAAAGAAAGAAAAGAUUGAAAGAGGACGUCACAUGCGAAAGGGAUUAAAGAAGCGACACGACGAUACGGAUAUAGACCCCGAGAAUCCGGAGGAGGGGGAGAAAUGUUUACUCACGGAAGACAAAAGAUGCCGGAGCCUGGAAGAUCUGCACAAUCCAGAUCAAGAAAGGAAAGACAUGAAGAAAAUUGUUCGUAUGAACAGUAUGCGGAAGGCCAAGAGUGUGGACGACAUCUUGCGCGAGCAGCUGGAGGAAGUCAAAGGUGUCAUGCAUAAAAAUAUCAUAAAGAUUCGGGAUCGGAAUGGCAAAUUAGAUGACCUUGUUAACAGAGGAGACACCCUAACGGACUCGUGUCAAGGAUUCAUGAUGGUCAGUAAGAAAGUCCAGCGGAAACAGAAACUGAAGUAUUGGAAGUACCGGAUAUUACUCGGGGUCACCGUGGCGGUGGUCAGCGUGAUACUGCUAGCAGUGAUCCUAGUGGUGGUAUUGUCACAGGAAGAGGAUACGCCCACCUACCACAUAUGGCACAACCCCAAUCAGAGACCGAUUAAUGGAACGUCAUAAUACUAACUACCUCAUGGUGUGCUAGUGUACUAUGUCACGUGAGGAUGAGUGAGUGCAUUAAGUAAUGUGUGAGUCCAUGUAGUGGGUGUCAAUAUUAUUAAAAACAGUAGAAGUAAGAGGUGUGCGAGAGUUUCCUUUUAAUAGUACAAUGUUUAAAACCAAUUAUGUUAGCCAAUAUGUUAAGUAUUUUUCCCCAAUGUAUAUUUAACAAUAAUUUGUAAAGUGUACUUAUUUAAGUGCGUUUUGUAUUUUCUAACAGAAAAACUCGGUAAAUUUUACACUAUAAGCCAUGGUUGCACUAUACACAAACUACAAAUUUUAUAUGCUCAGUAAAGUGAUUUUCAUUAUACUAAAAAGAUGAUAACAUGUCAUUUAUCUUACUGAUAUUCAAUUGUUAAAGGAACUAAAAUAAGAGAAUAUGUCAUUUAUCUCAGUAAUAUUCAAUUGUUAACGGAAUUAAAAUAAGGUAAUAUGUCAUUUAUCUCUGUAAUAUUCAAUUGUUAAAGGAACUAAAAUAAGAGAAUAUGUCAUUUAUCUCAGUAAUAUUCAAUUGUUAACAGAAUUAAAAUAAGGUAAUAUGUCAUUUAUCUCUGUAAUAUUUAAUUGUUAAAGGAACCAAAAUAAGAUAAUAUGUCAUUUAUCUCAGUAAUAUCUAAUUGUUAAAGGAAUUAAAAUAAGACAAUAUGUCAUUUAUCUCAGUAAUAUCUAAUUGUUAAAGGAAUUAAAAUAAGAUAAUAUGUCAUUUAUCUCAGUAAUAUCUAACUGUUAAAGGAAUUAAAAUAAGAUAAUAUGUCAUUUAUCUCAGUAAUAUCUAAUUGUUAAAGGAAUUAAAAUAAGGUAAUAUGUCAUUUAUCUCAGUAAUAUCUAAUUGUUAAAGGAAUUAAAUUAAGAUUACAUGUUACCUCUGACAGAAUUAAAAGACGCAGAUAUACAUGUACUGUUUAUUUCUAAACUGCAAGCUGCUGGUGGGCAUGCACGAUAUACAUGUACAUGUAAAUACAUUGUACAUUAUGUAUCUUGGUCAAUCAGGAUAUCUGUUGGGCAUGGUAUAGUAUUUUGGUUUAAUUUCUAGAUAAAAAUACUUAUCUUAAGGGUAAUGUAUCUUCCCGCAAAUAUGAAUACUUCAUAAUUUUACACCCCUUUUAAAAGUUUCGCUGUGCUUUGUGAGGGUCAAUUAAGAUGCUAUUUUCUUUCGAUUGUCAAAAUUGCGCCUCUUGCCUUAUAUGUGCCGACCGUCUGGUUACUCAUGCGUUUUAAGGACGUCUCUCGGUUGUCUGUACUAAUGGACAAUUAAAAUUUCAUGCUUGAUUUUAUCGGAUCAUUUCUAAAGUACUUGGUACUACAUUUUAUUUUUCAAAUUUUGUGUCCCAAUCAACAGGAAAAUGUAAUAAUUUGUUUUGUCAUGAAUAAAGAAUUUUUCAUUAG